UGGGUGCGGAGUGAUCAUUUGUGCGUUGGAACUUGAGAGAACCAUUCACUCAAACAGAGAGACCCCAAAUUCAGUUAGUGAUGUAAUGGGUUAUUAUGCUCUCUAGAAUCUAGAAUAAGAGAGGGCUCUACGCGAAUUGAACCGGAGUCUGCUUCUACUCUGCUGCGUUGCCAAUGCUAAAUACGGUUUCUCAAGGUUUAGCUUUCCGUACCAUAACCGCACCAUUACGACGGAGAACUCAAAAGUUGUCAGGCAACAAAAUUAACGAACCGUAAUAGUAAACCCUUAAGAAUUAAGAAAGGUUUCAGUUUUUUAAUUUCUCUAAACCGGAUCGGUUAGACAGGUUGUAUCUAAACGCUGCGUUUUAAUGAAAUUCACUCUAACCACCAAUUUCGCUCUCUCUCUCUCGCCUAAUGUUGGGUGCGGAGUGAUCAUUUGUGCGUUGGAACUUGAAAGAACCAUUCACUCAAACAGAGAAACAUUGGAGACUUACGUUUCUUACCAGACUCUCUCUUCAACUCCAAAUUCAGUUGGCAAAAAAAAAUCAAUGGCUAUGGUGGUGUCAGGUGGCAAAGCAGCCACGAUGCCACUUCAGGCCAAUGCUCUUCUUCCUCUAAGUAUCAAGACCAAAGCAAGAAGAGUCCUAAGCGCAUCUGCAUUUCCGCUUUUCUCACCAGCUCCUCACAUUGCUGCCAGGUCCCUCUCUAUCCGCCUCAAGAUGUCGAGGCAUGUGGUAUCUUCUGUUUUGUCAGAAGACAAAGCUACUGGGGUUAGUGGCUCGGGGACAGAUGCUUUCAAGCUGACAUACUUGGAGGGCAAUAGCUGGUUAUGGGAAACAAGUGGCUUGAGAAUCCUGGUUGAUCCGAUUCUUGUCGGUAAUUUGGAUUUUGGAAUCCCAUGGCUCUAUGAUGCUGCCAAAAGAUAUUUGAAGGGCUUCAAGCUUGAUGACCUCCCUGAAGUUGAUUGCCUGCUCAUUACUCAAAGCCUUGAUGAUCACUGUCAUCUGAAUACCCUUAGGCCACUUUCUGAGAAAUCUCCAGACAUAAAGGUUAUUGCUACUCCAAAUGCAAAGCCUUUGCUGGAUCCUCUUUUUAAAAAUGUCACUUAUCUGGAACCUGGAGAUAGCUGUGAGCUAAACGCAAGAAAGGGUUCUAAGGUUCGAGUUAAAGCCACAGCAGGACCUAUCCUUGGUCCACCAUGGCAACGCCCUGAAAACGGGUAUCUCCUUGUAUCCCCUGAAGAUCAGAUAUCUCUCUACUACGAACCACAUUGUGUAUGCAACCUGGAACUUCUGAAGAAUGAAAGAGCCGACAUUGUAAUCACACCUGUCAUCAAGCAACUUCUCCCACGAUUUACUCUUGUGUCUGGCCAAGAAGACGCUGUCCAGCUCGCCAAACUCUUGGAAGCCAAGUUUGUUGUGCCGAUGCAAAAUGGCGAGCUUGAAGCAAAGGGACUUUUAGCAACCAUAAUAAAGAAAGAAGGAACGUUGGAAUCAUUUAAGGAACUAUUGUUGAAAGAGCUCCCAAAAGCUCAAGUGUUGGAGCCUAUAGCAGGCGUGCCUCUAGAGAUCUUGGCUCCAUCUUUAGAGGUUUAAAAUGUAACAGUACAAACUAAAUGAGGAUACACAGAUGUGAAUAUACACAUGUGAAAUGAAGUUUUUUAGUGAGGGAACAAAUAUAUAGUUUGAAAUAGCUCUUAAAGAAGAAGAGGGAUUUUGGGUGUUCGAGUGAUGAUGGAGAUUAUUUCAUUUAAGGAGGUAAUUUUAGAAGUAUAAUGAUUAACGAGGAAGGAAUACAAAUAUAUAAGUA